AUGGACGACCAAACCCACGGCGGAGGGCAUCUACGCGUUGCUGGAGAACGCGCGCAUCCAACGGUGCAAGCAGCACCUGCUGGGGCGGCCGAAAACGACGACGGCGUCGAGGUCAGCGGCGACCGGAGCUCGGUCAUCGACGGAUUCAUCGCUACGGUGUUUCCGAACUCCCGAACGGUGGCAAAGAAAAAAAAAGCGCCCCCACUGUUCGGGCACCCCAUCUCUUCCACCUCCCGUCCCAAACUCCACCAUCCCACCUUCCCGCCGCCAGGAUCCAGCCAACGGCGAGUCGGCGACCACCACCAACCCACCUCCCCCGCCUCCGGGAUCCAGCCACGAAUCCACUGCCCCGUCGUCGGGAUCCAGCCGCCAAUCCACCUCGUUGCCGUCGGGAUCCUGCUGCUGCACAACCGCCACCAACCCAACCUCCCAUCGCUGGGAUCCUGCCGUCGCGCGACAACCACCAACUCACCGCCGGCGUCACCGGAAUUCGCCCCUCAGCAGCCUUCCUCCUCUGCUGCCGCGACCUUCCACCUCUGCCACUGCGGCCUUCUUCCAUCACGCGCCUCCCCAGAUCGGCGAUGCGAUGCACGUUCCCCCACCGGUGACCCUCCCUUGAGUUCACUCUCUUCUCUCCAUCGCCGGCCUAAGAGCUACCCACGCCACCCCGCGCUGCCACCUUGCUCCUCCCGGUCGACCUCCUGGAUUCGGCGCUCAGCAGUGCCACCGCGCACCACACUAGUCAGCAUUAGCGCCCUCUUCCUCCAUGAUGUUGCUGCCCUCUUCCUCCAUGCUGCUGCUGCCUUCGACUCUGCCCCCGCACUCCAUCGCCUCCUCAUUGAGCCGCCCUCUCCUUCAACUGGCAGUGCACACAAGCUGUUUGUGUAUAUGCCUCAAACACAAAAAUUCAUGGACAAAUCAAUGCAGCGUCAUGGACUCAUCUUCUAUAGCACAUAAGUAGGCGUGCAUGCCAGAUUGGUUCCUUCCACUGCCUAGCUGAUGUUGUUUGUACCCAGACUACCCAUAGUGCCUAAUGAAGCUUCAAGACCGCAAAUAGAUGAGCCCAUGGAGAAACAACAUCCUUGUGUAUCUUGAGCUGCUGCAUCACUUGAUGGAACGAGAUAUGGUGUCGGGAACACAGCAGGAUUAGCAAGUAAUUUCGAGAGUAAUCUUGUAUGCGCCCUAGGCUCAGUUUACGCCGCGAUAAAUUGUUUUCAACAUGUAAUACAUUUGUUAUAUUCAUGAGCCGUUGAGAACACAAUGCUGAGUUGCCAAGAGAACCAAAAAAAGUGUGGUACAAAUCACCA